GUCAGGGCUUGCGGUUUGGGAAGAGGAGAGGAGAGGAGAAGAGAAGGCGCGGAAGUCAGCGAUCAGGCAACCGGCGGCGGCGGAGGAGCGUCCACACGAGGGUCCUAGAGGGUGAGGCUCCAUGUGCCACAGAGAGGAAGCUGUGGCCAUAUUUUGUCUGUGCUGCUGCGAACUUCGUCAUGUUCAGGAAGAAAGUAGACAACCGUAUCCGGGUACUUAUUGACAAUGGUAUGGCGCAGAAGCAAAGGACCAUGGUUGUCAUCGUGGGAGAUCAUGGCAGAGAUCAGGUGGUUAUACUUCAUCACAUGCUGUCCAAAGCUGCAGUAAAGGCCAGACCAACGGUGCUGUGGUGUUACAAGAAGGAGCUUGGCUUCAGCAGUCACAGGAAGAAGCGAAUGAGGCAGUUGCAGAAGAAGAUUAAAAGUGGCACGCUUGAUCUUAAACACGAUGAUCCCUUUGAGCUGUUUGUCGCUGCAACUAACAUUCGAUAUUGCUAUUACAACGAGACUCACAAAAUCCUGGGCAACACAUUCGGGAUGUGUAUCUUGCAGGAUUUUGAGGCUCUUACUCCAAAUCUCUUGGCCCGGACUGUUGAGACAGUCGAAGGAGGUGGAAUUGUUGUAAUUCUACUGAGAACAGUAAACUCCCUGAAACAGCUCUACACAAUGACAAUGGAUGUUCAUGCCCGCUACCGAACAGAGGCACACCAGGAUGUUGUUGGGCGAUUCAAUGAAAGGUUUAUCCUCUCUUUGUCAUCCUGUAAGAACUGCAUUGUUAUCAAUGAUCUCCUGGACAUUCUACCACUUUCGAGCCACAUUCUCAACAUCCAGCCUGUGCCCCCUAAAUCCAUGGAUGAAAGCCAAUCACCUCAAGAGACUGAAUUGAAGGAACUUAAAGAAUCUCUGCGUGACACACAGCCAGUUGGAGUCUUAGUAGACAGCUGUAAAACUCUUGAUCAGGCCAAAGCAGUCCUGAAAUUCAUCGAAGCUAUUUCUGAGAAGACGCUGAGAAGCACGGUGGCUUUAACUGCAGCAAGAGGUCGGGGCAAAUCUGCUGCCCUGGGCCUGGCUAUUGCAGGAGCAGUGGCCUUUGGAUAUUCUAAUAUCUUUGUUACGUCACCGAGCCCAGACAACCUGCACACUCUGUUUGAAUUUAUUUUCAAGGGUUUUGAUGCACUGCAAUACCAGGAACAUUUGGACUAUGACAUAAUCCAAUCCUUAAAUCCAGAGUUCAACAAAGCUGUGGUCCGAGUCAACAUCUAUAAAGAGCACAGGCAGACCAUCCAGUAUAUCCACCCCGCAGAUGCUGUAAAACUGGGACAGGCUGAGCUAGUGGUAAUCGAUGAGGCAGCUGCCAUUCCACUGCCACUGGUGAAGAACUUACUGGGACCCUAUCUUGUCUUUAUGUCGUCCACUAUAAAUGGAUAUGAAGGAACAGGGCGCUCUCUCUCUUUAAAACUGAUUCAACAGCUGCGACAGCAAAGCGCUCAAAGCCAGAGCAACAUGACUGCAGAGAAUAAAACCACUUCCACUGCCAAACUGACCACAGUGAGGACGUUGCACGAGGUGACUUUACACGAGUCUAUUCGCUAUGCUCCUGGGGACCCGGUGGAGAAGUGGCUGAAUGAGCUGCUGUGUCUAAACUGUCUGAACAUCCCCCGAAUCAUCUCGGGCUGCCCGAUCCCAGAGACCUGCGACCUUUAUUAUGUCAAAAGGGACACGCUGUUCUGUUAUCACAAAGCGUCUGAGGCUUUCCUGCAGAGAAUGAUGGCUUUGUAUGUAGCAUCACAUUACAAGAACACUCCUAACGACCUUCAAUUGCUUUCGGAUGCUCCUGCUCACCAUCUCUUCUGCCUGCUGCCCCCAGUGCAGUCCACUCAGAAUUCUUUGCCCGAAGUGCUUGCCGUCAUUCAGGUGUGUCUCGAGGGGGAGAUAUCCCGUCAGUCCGUGAUGAACAGUCUCUCUCGAGGGAAGAAAGCAUUUGGAGAUCUCAUUCCCUGGACUGUGUCAGAGCAGUUUCAGGAUCCUGACUUUGGAAGUCUGUCUGGAGGACGUAUUGUUCGUAUUGCAGUGCACCCGGAUUACCAAGGGAUGGGAUAUGGAAGCCGGGCUGUGGAGUUGUUACAGAUGUACUAUGAGGGGAAGUUUCCUGGUCUGGAGGAGAGAGAGAGCCAGAAAUCCAGUGAGAUAGCCACCGUCAGCAGUGAGGCUGUAGGUUUACUAGAAGAGAUGCUGUCUCCACGUAGAGAUCUACCACCAUUACUGUUAAAGCUGUGCGAGCGCCCAGCAGAGAAACUUGACUACCUCGGAGUAUCUUACGGCCUUACGCCACAGCUGUUAAAGUUCUGGAAGCGAGGGGGAUAUGUUCCGGUAUAUCUGAGACAGACGCCUAAUGAUCUAACAGGUGAACACUCUUGCAUCAUGUUGAAGACACUGAAUGAAGACGAGGAGGAACCUGGACAACAGAACUGGCUCCACGCCUUCUGGAAAGAUUUCAGGAAACGAUUUCUCUCCCUGCUGUCAUACCAGUUCAGCAGUUUCCCUCCCGCUUUGUCGCUGAAUAUUCUUCAGAAUAAAAACAUAAAACAGGAACCAAAGCCACCGCUGAGCAGGUCCGAGCUGGAAGCCUCCUUUACGCCGUAUGAUCUAAAACGAUUGGAGAUGUACUCGCGCAAUAUGGUGGAUUAUCACCUGAUCAUGGACAUGAUUCCUUGCAUCUCUCGGCUGUUCUUCUUGAAACAGCUUGGUGAAGUUUCACUGUCUGCUGCACAGUCGGCGAUGCUGUUGGGUAUUGGACUCCAGCACAAGUCUGUUGACCAGCUAGAGAAGGAGAUUGAGCUUCCAAGCAGCCAGCUGAUGGGCCUUUUCAACCGGUUGAUCCGCAAAGUUGUCCAGCUCUUUAAUACUAUCCAAGAGAGAGCCGUGGAGGAACAAAUGGUUACCACAAAAGCUGUUGUCAUGGAGCCGACAAUUAAAUCCCUUUCUGAAGACCUGGAGGAAGCAGCGAAGGAAUUCCAGGAGAAACACAAACAUGAAGUGGAGAAGCUGAAAGGAAUGGAUCUAACUCAGUAUGCAAUCCGUGGGAAUGAGGAUGAGUGGAAUGAAGUGCUGAAGACAGCAGGACACAGUGCCACAGUCAUCAGCAUAAAGAGUGACAAAAGGAAACUAGAUUCUACAGAGAAAGAGGCCCCACUGCCACCCAAGAAACAGAAGAAAACAAAAGGAAGGAAACCAAAGUGGGCAAAAUAAUGAAUCUGCUGGACAGUGACAUCUGGGAUUAUAAUUUAUUUUUAAUCCAGUGUGUGUGUGAUUCUAUUAAAAAAAAGGUGGUGAGGCAGAGGGCCUCACAAUAUGAUGAUGUGCAGAUUUGGUGAUCAUUUGGGGGAAGAUGCAAGCAUGCGAGUGCUAAGGCAGACCUCACUGGGAACUUCAGCAUUUCUGUACCUGCAAGAACUACAGGACAUGCUGCUGGUAACGGACUGUUGAAUCUUCGCUUCCAAGCCCAGGGAUGAAUCACCACCAGCACUCCCUGCAAAGCACAUUCACCGGAUUCUGUGUUUUAUUACAGUGCCCCCCCCCCACACCCUUUCACCCUAAGGGAAAUGUAUUCUAUCAAAUUUGAAGGGUGAGCAUCCUUUAUAUAUACAUAAUAAAAAAGAUUGAUAUAACCGAUAAGUCAAAUACCGACUCUUUGCAAGGGAAAUGUACCAAAUGUUUUACAGAUGGAUUUUUAAAAAAUAUUUUUUCUAUAUAAAGGCUUGCUUUCUCUUUCCCUAAAAUGUUGUUAAUUUGUUCCCUUUAUGUGGAUAAUUCAAAAGCCGUUUUUGAA